AUGCCCGGAUCGAGGAAGUGGCGGAAGCGAGAAUUAGAAGCGAAGGAGAAAGAAAGGGAGGAGAAGGAGAGGGAGGAGAGAGAGAGGAAGGAGAAAGAGAGGAAGGAGAGAGAAACCAAACAUCAUCCGGGAAGACAGAGCUAA